CAAACAUCUCGUCACAUUCUGAGCCACAGACAGUAAAGGAGACAAAACUGAGAAAAGAGACAAACUGCUGGAGGAAAAUAAUUCAUCUGACAGCAAAGAUGCAGUGGAGUCUGAUUCUGCUCUUCCUGAUGGGUCAGUGUUGCUUCAUUGACUGUCAGCUCUAUGAGUUUCACUACAUUAAAGAGGCAAAAACCUGGACUGAAGCUCAGCAGUACUGCAGAGAGAAACACACUGACCUGGUCACAGUGACUAACAUGAAGGACAUGAAGAGACUCAUCAACAUGUCAGAUGGAGAUAUAAAGGAAGCUUGGAUUGGUCUGUCUAAUCAAACACAUGGUACCAGAACAUGGUACUGGUCUCUGCCUGGACUGGAGUUCAAUGAAAGUGAAACAAAAUGGAAAGAAGGAGAACCGAAUGAUCAAGGAAACGAAGGACCUGAGAACUGUGUGAUUGUGGAUGAACAUAUCAAAUGGAUUGACAUCCAUUGCAAAACUCCAUAUAAUUUCCUCUGCUACAAUGAAACCAACACAACCCAUAAAUAUCACCUGAUUAAAGAGUUGAAGUCCUGGCUGGAAGCUCAGAAUUACUGCAGAGAGAAACACACAGACCUGAUCAGUGGAAUGAAGCAACUACAGGAUGAAGAAAUGAAGAAAUUGAUGAACUAUGGAUCUAUUCAGGUAUACUUUGGUCUGUUCAGAGACACCUGGAGGUGGUCAGAUGGAAGCAGUUUCUCUUUCAGACACUGGAAUCUACAGUUUAAUAAUGAGAGAAUCAAUAGUGGUCAAUGUGUCAUGACUGUGUUUAAUGAUGGAGGCAGAUGGAGGAAUAAGAACUGUGAUGAAAGAAAACCCUUCAUCUGUUAUGAUGAUAAAUCGAUCCUGAUCAAACAAAAGAUGAACUGGGAGGACGCCUUGUACUACUGCAGAGAUUAUCACCAUGACCUGGUCACCAUCACCAACAUGGACGAUCAGAGAUGGAUCCAGGAGAAAGUUAAGAACGCAUCGACUCCUUUUGUCUGGUUAGGUCUGCGCUACACCUGCACUCUGGAUUUGUGGUUCUGGGUCAGUGAUGAGGUGGUCAGCUAUCAGAACUGGGCUUCAGAUGAACCGAUGGACGACUGUGACAUGUCUGGAGCCAUGGAGACGGGAGGAGAUCAUCAGUGGAGGAAGAAAAAUGAUACUGAGACGUUUAAUUUCUUCUGUUCUAAAAAUUAAAAUCUUUUAUUUCAGUUUUGCCUUUUGCUACAUGCUUCAGUUGAAUUAAGGCAUUAAACAAUCCAAAUUUGUAUAUAAUAAUCAUUUACAACAAACUAUAAGCCUAAAUGUUACGUUUUAUGUGAGUUUUGCUUGGAAAACAGAUUUUCUUGAUAUCUUUCAAAACAAAACAUUAAGACCACACCUUGCGUUAAAAAUGUUUUUCCUUUAUUGGUCUGAUGUAAUGUUCUUAUCUUAAUUGUUUUGGUUAUUCUGGCUGUA